UCCGUGCCGGCGAGCGUACGUGUCGCUCCAACUUACCGGGUUCAGUGAACGAGUGUUUGUGCAUAUGGACAGUCGAGAUGGUGAGGAGCUUAUCGCAGUGGACGAAGACCCUCAGCUUCCCAGCGAGGUUGUCUCCCAACCGCACGUCUAAGGAGAGCGUGGUGAACGUCCAGCCAAUAUUCCCUGGAGUGUCCCCGACCCCGAGCGCUUCGUCGAUCCCUCAGGGUUCGGAGAAAACAAUAUCACCGAUUCCGAUCACGGAGAUCAGCCAAAUUAUAUAUCCAGAUCCUGAGUCUGAGAAAGCGUCUGUGGUGUACUGCAUCCACCAUAAAGAUGGGUGUACAUGGUCGGACGAGCUACGCAAACUGGGGGCGCAUCUCAACACAUGCAAGCAUGAUGCUGUGCAGUGCUCGGCGCAGUGCGGUGCGAUGAUACCUCGCGUGCUGAUGCAGGAUCAUCUCCGGUACACGUGUCCACGCCGCCGAGCCAACUGCGAGCAUUGUCACAAAGAGUUUUCAGAGAGUGCGCUCGAGGAACAUCAAGGCAACUGCGGGUAUGAGCCAAUAUACUGCGAAAACAAAUGCGGAGCCAAAGUUCAGCGUAGACAUACACAACAACACAUCCAACAGCACUGCAGUAAGCGGCUCGUACCUUGCAGACACUGUGGUCAGAGAUACACACAGGACACUGUGUCGGCGCACGGCGCGGUGUGUGCCCGCGCGCCGGUGCCGUGCCCGCAGCGGUGCGCGGCCACGUGCGUGCCGCGGGACGCGCUCGACGCGCACCUGCGCGACCACUGCGCGGCCGCGGGCGCAGUCUGCGCCUUCCGGGACGCAGGCUGCAGGUUUAAGGGCACAAGACAAGCUCUAGAAAGGCACACAGAAGAGAGCUGCCAACAGCACCUCGCUCUAGUCUCAACGUUAGCCUCCCGUCAGGCGCGGCAACUGGAGUCCCUCAGGGCUGCCGUCGCUCGCCUCUCAGUCAACUGCUCAGGAGUACUCGUAUGGAGGAUCACGGAAUGGGCAGCUAAAAUGGCGGAGGCGAAAUGCAAAGAUGGCGUUGAACUGGUGUCCCCAAUUUUUUAUACAAGUCAAUACGGAUAUAAGUUACAGGCAUCACUAUUCCUCAAUGGUAAUGGAGCGGGUGAAGCAACACACAUGUCAGUAUACAUCAAGAUCCUUCCAGGGGAAUACGAUGCAAUCCUACGCUGGCCAUUCGCUCACUCCGUAGCGUUCACACUCUUCGAUCAGAGCUCCAACCCAGACAGAGCGUGCAAUAUCGUCGAAAGCUUCGUCCCAGAUCCCACGUGGAAGAAUUUCCAAAGACCCUCAAAAGAACCGGACACUCUAGGCUUUGGGUUCCCAAGGUUUGUCUCCCACGAAAUGCUCAAGAAGAGGAAUUUUGUCAAGGACGAUGUCAUGUUCUUGAGAGUUAAGGUUGAUCCGAGCAAAAUAGUGGCGGUAUAGGUAUUGCUAGUUACACCAAUGAAGAUACGGUCAACACAGAUAUUGAGUUGAAUGGAUGACCUCAACAUAUUGAAUUGUAACAAGACUUAAUAGUUUAGUGUUUAGUGACUCUCUUUACAUAGCGAAGUUUAUUGAAUUUCAAUUUCAUAGUUUCAAAUAGGUGCUGCCAAUUCUUUAGCAAAUAAGAUACAUAUCGUUUAAUAUAAUAUCCAGAGAUUGCUUUAAACAAAUUUAAAUAUAAAAUUUGUCUUUUAGAUCCAUCGGCCUCUCACUUUUCUUUUUCCAACCGUUUUAAUGCUGUUGGUUUCAGCUUAUCUUUUACAGCACAGCUACUUCUAGAAAAAAAUCAUCAGAGGCAUUUCUUUAAUAUGAAGCAAUAUGUCUGUAGAUUUUGCUUUUUUUAAUUA